UGUAAUUGUACAUUCACACAUUGGAGACAAAUUUAAAAUAAUUUUGGGUACAAGUAAAUUAUCAUUUUAAAUAAUAAUUAUUGUUUUCCUCUUGUUAUUAUAAAUUUAAAUUAAAGUAAAAAUGUCAAUGUUGGCAGAUAGAAGAAAAAAAACAAAUUAUUGUCUUCAACCAAAAGGAAAACCUCUUCAUAAUGAUUCUAAUAAUUUUGGUGUGAAAAUGCUUGAAAAAAUGGGAUGGGUACCUGGAAAGGGCUUAGGGAGAAAUGAAAGUGGAAAUCAAGAAUUUAUAAGAAUUAAAUAUAAACAUGAUAUAAAAGGUUUAGGUUAUAGUGAAAAGGAUGAUCAAUGGACUGAGCAUGAAAAAAACUAUAAUAGCCUUUUAAAUAGCCUCAGCAACUAUGGAUCAGAUAAUUCCAAUGCUUCAGAUGUCAAAAAAACUCAUUCAAAUAAUUUUAAUUCUGAAGACAAUUCUAAUUAUGUAAAAACAAGCGGUGAAUCUUUAGAAGAAAAAUCAAGAGCAUCUAGGGCUCGUUUACAUUACAAAAAAUUUACGAAAGGAAAAGAUAUUUCGCAAUAUAGCAAAAAAGAUCUUGCAAAUAUCUUUGGAAAAAAAUCUUUCGAAAUUUCGGAGACAAAGGUAAAUGCUCAAAGCGAAGCAAAAACUGGACAUACUGAGAAAAUAGAUAAUAGUUUGAUUUUUAAUGCGAGCUCGUCUGUUCAAGAUUAUUUUAAAGAAAAAAUGAAAAAGAGAAAAUUAAAUAAUGAAGAUGAAGAAAGUUCUCAGAACCUAAACAAAUAUGAAGAAACAAAAAGUGACAAAUGUUACAAAAAUAAAAUUACGGAAAAUAUAUUGGAAAUGAAAGCUGAAAACGUAGUUAAAAAAAAGAAGAAAAGCAGGAAGGUGUCUGAAGAUAUUUCAGAAAGCAUCAAUUUUGACGGUAUAAUUCAAGAAAAUAAUACGUCAAAAUCGGUCGGGGAUACUAAAGUUAAGAAGCGCACAGUAAAAAAUAGUGAUAUUGGAGAUCAGGUAUGUACAGAGACUUUAAAAGAGGAAUGUUUUCAAAUAAAGCUAUGUAGCGAGAAAAAUAUUGAUAAAAAGUUUCAAGACGAGGCUGAAAGUAUGGUUGAAAAAAAUUGUUUAAAGAAGAAAAUAUCCAAACAAAAAACAAAGGUCAGCGAUAAAAUUGACAUAAAUUCUCCAAACCACCAAAAAUUUAUAAUAGAAUCUAGAAAAACUACAAAUGAUGAUGCUUCUGCAGAAAUUAAAGUAGAAAGAAGUAAACCUGAUGUGAAAAAUACGCAGGAAGAAAGUAAGUCGAAUGAGGAAAUCAUGGAAUAUGAUAUUCAAUUUAGCGAUUCUAAUGUUUAUAACUUUGAUGAAACUAAUGAUCAAAAUUUUCUGGAAAUAACUAAAUACUGUGCCGAAAAAUUCCGUCAUACAAAUUUGAAUGGAUUUAAAGGCUCAAACUUGAAAGACCUGUGUGGUUACGGAUUACCAAAGAAUUUUGAAGUGAAAAUCAAAACUACUAGCAGCUGUAAUGAGCAAAUAAACAAUUUCUAUAGAAGUGGUAUUAUAGACAUAUCAUUAAGUGAUAAAUAUGGAAUCAGUGAUAAAAAGAAACUUGAAAAAUAUAGAAAAAAGGUUAGGAAAGCAAGACUAUUGAAAAAGAAAAUACCCAAUUUUAAUGUGAAGCAUUUAAAAAAAAAAUCACUUUUUAAGCAAGUGAAAAUAUAAUUCAGUGUAUACGUUUUUAACUCCUAUUCAACUCUUCGUACAUAGGUAUUUUAUUGAAAAUAAACUAUUUCGUUAAAAAUUAUUCUUUUCUUAAAAAAAUAAAUUAAGUAUAUGUAAUUUAAUUUUAAGUAUACAAUUGAUUUA